ACGACUUUGCUGCAUUCAAAACAUCCACACGUUUAAACGCCUUUCAAUACCAUCCACUCGUUUACUUCCCCAUACAAACUAAGAUUUAAUUAUUUUUGGAUGUUCAACGAAGAAAACCAUGGGGUGUCAUUUCUAGACAAGUCUAUGCAUUCCCAAAACAUGAUUUACAUAUAUUAACACACAUCACUGCCUCUCAAACACGUCUCGUUUAAAUGAUGAUUCGUGUACAUCUUCAAGUAUUUAACCAUAGAUCGAACUUGGAGAACAGAAUCUGCAGAGCCAGAAGUAAGAGAGAGUACCAUAUUAUGCUUUUAACUCCAUAUCCGAGACUUGCGUCUCCAUUAUUCGCUGCCAAGUCUGCUCCUGAAUCAUCACUGACCAGAAGAGCCAGAGCUGCUUCUUAUACUCCUUUGCUGUUUCUGAGACCGAACCGUAGAUUUGAUGGCUUGAAGCUCAAGUCAGGCACAGUUCCGGAAAACGUGCAAGGAGAUGUGGAAUCUGGAGGUCUGGUCAAAGGGCUGAAGCUAGGAGGCAUGUUCGGAGUUUGGUAUCUUCUCAAUAUAUACUACAACAUCUUAAACAAACAGGUACUUAGGGUUUAUCCAUAUCCAGCGACUGUAACAGCAUUUCAAUUCGGGUGUGGGACCUUGAUGAUAGCAGUAAUGUGGCUCUUUAAACUCCAUCCUCGCCCCAAAAUCGCUCCUUCUCAGAUUCCGGCGAUCCUACAGCUAGCAGCGGCUCACACAUUAGGAAACUUGUUAACAAACGUGAGCUUGGGAAGAGUAAACGUCUCUUUUACCCACACAAUCAAAGCGAUGGAGCCUUUCUUCACCGUCUUGUUCUCUGUUCUCUUGCUCGGUGAGGAAGCUUUGGACAACAUCAACCUUUUCUCAGUAAUAACCAUUAUCUCCUUUGCCUUGCUGGUUCCUGUAGCAAUUCUCAUCGAUGGGUUUAAGUUUACCCCUUCGCAGUUACAACUAGCUACAAGUCGGGGUUUGACCGUGAGAGAGUUUUGCACCAUGGCUCUUCUUGCUGGUGUGUGCUUGCAUAGCUACCAACAGGUAUCGUAUAUGAUCUUAGAGAUGGUGUCUCCAGUCACACACUCUGUUGGGAAUUGCGUGAAGCGUGUGGUGGUCAUUGCAUCAUCCAUUCUUUUCUUCCAAACUCCAGUCUCGCCUCUUAAUUCCAUAGGUACGGCUACUGCACUAGCUGGCGUUUACUUGUACACCAGAGCCAAAAGGGUCAAAGUCAAACCAAACCCCAAAACUUCCUGAAGUCUUUUUUUUCUUGUUGUUUUGGUUUUCAACCUCUUGACGUUGGUUGUUGUAUAUAAAAAAUUGUAGAAGCUCUUCUGUUUUUUGUUUCCUUACAUCAUCAGUGUCGCUAUUUAGUGACAUACUGACAUCCACUUAUUCACGUUACGUAAAGAGAUUUCAAACAUUUAUUUCCACCAUUUCAACAUGAGCUUUUUAAACAAGCACAAAUCGAAUUCCUUUAUGUACUUGUUUACGAUCUACAUUUAUUUAUUGAGAAAGUGUAAUAUUUU